AUGGCGCUUCCUGACUGGCUGGUGACUGUGGCCGUGUCUGCCUCCCUGUGCUCGGUCCUGUGUUUAUGUGUCCGCUUCAGGAGGGCAGGCCGGGCGCUCUGCAGACAGGCUCUGACCAGGACCAUGGCCCGCACCGAGAAGCCGCUCUUCCGCAUCGCGUACACGCUUUACACCCGGACCUGGCUUGGCUACCUGUACUACAAGAGGGAAAUGAGGAAAGCCCGGGAACAUUACCCCGCCGGACACUCCAGAGCCCAGCCUGUGGAGUUCAAUGGUAUCAAAAUCAUUCCCAUCUCCGUGCUGUCUGACAACUACAGCUACCUUGUGAUCGACACAGCCUCCAGUGUUGCCGUGGCUGUCGACCCCGCAGAUCCACAGACGGUUCAGGCAGUGCUCAAGGAAGAAGGCGUGAUGUUAGAAGCAAUCUUCUGCACACACAAACACUGGGAUCACAGUGGGGGGAACAAAGGGCUGAAAAGACUCCACAGCUCCUGUCGAGUUUAUGGAAAUGCAACUGAUAACAUUCCUGGCCUCACACACCCGCUCUCACACAGGGACUCGAUAACAGUGGGCCGUAUGCAGUUCAAGGCCCUGUUCACUCCGGGGCACACUGUGGGCCACAUGAUCUACCUCCUGGACGGUCGGACCAUCGGCGCUCCCUCCAGCCUCUUCUCCGGCGACCUGGUCUUCCUGUCUGGAUGUGGGAGGAUAUUUGAAGGCAGUGCCACAACAAUGCUGUCGUCUCUGGACAUCGUCGGCUCCUUAAGUGAUGAUACUCUGUUAUGGCCUGGUCAUGAGUAUGCAGAGGACAACCUGCUGUUUGCUGCUGAGGUUGAGCCACGCAACGCUGCCAGGGAAAACAAAUAUCAGUGGGUGCUGCAGCAGCGAGGCCGGAAGCUUUGCACGAGUCCCUCCACCAUCGGGGAAGAGAAGGAGUACAAUCCUUUCCUGCGGAUCCACUCUGCUGAGCUCCACCUGGCCCUCGGCCUUCAGCAGUUCCAGGAUGAGGACUGGACAGAGUUCAGGGCUCGAGUCCUGGUGGAGCUGCGGAAACGCAAAGAGCUUUACAACAGGAGGUAGUGCAGGGAGCGCCAACACUGGAUGUCUGCUAGGUAACAGGGAGCAGAUGGGUGAAGUCACUUAUACGUUACUGGACGACGGUUCGAGAGGUGAAGUGCAUUUGGAGAGCGGUGACAAAGUGAAGCUCCUAAGUGACUCGUUAAAGCUUGAAUCUGUUCAGGUAAACUGGGCAGAAUUUGAAAAAGUUAAAGGGGCAUUUAGUAAUCUGUCACCUCUGUCGACUAUUAGCGACAAUGCAUUUGCAUUGCAACCUUAACAUUUACAGGGGUUUUCAACCAGUGGUCCUUGGCCCCCUGGUGGUCCAUGAAGGUAUUGUAGGAUGUCCCUGGCCCUGCUUUCAAUAAUGGAGUUUGAAUGCUGGAAGCGAUUUGUUUUUUUUUUUUUUCACAUUUCCAUUCAUUGCUUCUAGUUUCUGAAUAGUCAAAUCCAUCCAAAUAUAUAAAAUUUAUCAAAGUGAAGGUCACAAUCAGUGGAAGACCCCCUAUAUUAGGGAUGCACCGAUACUAAUUUGUCAGUGCUGGUAACAAGUACCAAACUUUGAACCUGCAGUACAGAAGUUGUCUUCUUCUGGCACCCAGAUGUAACUACGCUACACUACACUACACUACACUACACUUUGGACACACUCUUGUGGUGUAUGCCUGCAGUGAAGCACCGUCUUCACGUCUUCCUUUGCUGUGAAAGACAGACGUGAAAACAAAACUAUGGUCAUGGAGUUGCAAACGUUUCUAAAAGAUACUCUGCAACUCCCAUCGAACCGAUCCCCACAUGCAGAGUUAACAACUUUUAUUUGCAGAGGAUGCUGACGUGUCUCGCCGGCGGUCUUCUUCACAGCACUUUAGAGCAGACUAUGCUCUGGAGAAGGAGCAUUCUCUGUAAGUAAAAGUUAACUCUGCGAGUGGUGGAUCUGUUUCUGGCUACACACUGCAGCUUGAAACCUGCACUGUGCAAUUUUAGAGCCUCUUAACAUUCUUGAAACUAAUGUGUUAUUUGUGGAGACGUAAUGAUAUAAACCAGUACCAAUUCAUAUCGACCAGUCAUGUUAGCGUCACUUUUCAGCUUUUUCACCUCCUCUCCAAAGUUUGUUGCCAAAGUCGAGCUCCUCCUGCUGAUUAAAAGAAGUUCUCUCUUCCUGCCGUUCCUGAAAAUUCACAAUGGCAGAAUUAGAGCUACACAAUUAUCACAAAAACUAUAAUUGCCAAUUAAUUCGCAUGAUAUUAUAAUCGUGAUUAUAAUUCUGUCCUGUAAUUAUUAUCUAUAAUUAUUACUAAUUACCUAUAAUUAUCUAUAUUUAUCUGCUAAUUAUUAAUCUAGAAUUAUAAUUCUAUAAUUGUAAUUCUUACAGAAUUGCAACUAACUGCAUUGGGUGCUUUUUAACUGGAUAUGGACAUGUAUGUAGUUACUAUGCCUAUUUUAAGACUAGAACAAUGCUAAUUUCAAACAUACUAUAGUUUUGAAAGUAUAAUCCUCGAAUUAUGUAACUGUUAAUAGUAGCAAGUCAGAUUACUGCUCCACUCACAGGUUAGACCACCGCUCUGUAAUGAACAGGGUAUCUGUUUCCCCCAGGAUAUUUUCUUACAGCUGUGGCUUGGUCUCCGUAGCAGAGGUGCCUCUGAAUGAUUAUAGAAAUAUUAUAGGAAUAUUACAGCUAAUAUUGUGCUCGUAUGAUCCUCUCAUGACCACACACUGCCGCUAUCAGUGAAUGCUGCGCUCUACUUGUUAUGGUACAGUCGACACAAGAUAUUUGGGGUGUGGAGUUGAGUAUCUGAUGGCUUCGCUCCCUCCUCAGCUCCACCCUGCCUGGCAUCCAAAUAUGUGCUUUCUGCAUGUUUACCGGCUCCAAGGCAAGACUGCACUGGCACAGCAGGAAGAUGCAGGGAAUGCAGUAAUGGUCCCUUUUCACUAUUACUAUAUCACUGCAGCUGUAAUUGUAACCUCAUUUAAUAUACCAUUAACAGUACAGCCCUCGGCAGGAUCCAAGGAGCAAGUGAGUGCAACAGCCGAGGCAAGUGAGCUGAAAAGGCCACGUUCAGAGUCAGAGAGAUAACAUGAGAAGACAUGAAACAAAACACGGUUGGUUUGGCUUAGCUAUUAGCCCGCAGGCAUGAAGCCUAGUAAAGCUUGUCCUAGGCUGGCCUCCGCUCCGCCGUGAUGUACACUUCUACAGGAGGAGAGAGAGGGAAAUGGCGUGGCAAACACACCACAUAAAAAACCUCUGGCCGCUCGCGAUGCCAUCUAGUGGUCAGAUGAAAUUGCAUCGUGCACGUUGAAGUAUUGACCGAGCACCGACCGGAUCUAUCACUUUCACUUUGGCCUGGAACGCGAGUUUGGUGUCACCGCACAGAACCACUGAUAUCAAAUGCUACUUCCCCCUGCCAUUUGAGAAACACAGGCUUCAGUGCACCAAAAAUGGAGAAAAUCUCAACAGUUUGUUUAUUUCUGACACAUGACUCAGGGCUUUCGGUGUUAGAUAUUAGUCCUUGGUGAAGUCUCAGAUACUGACUCUCCAUUCUAGUCCGGUAUCGGCACCAGCACCAAAUCCAGGAUCAUCCAGGUGCAUCCCUGAUUGAUCGAGGUCCUCUCCCCUUACACAAUACCUCCACCUCUCCCAUCAUUUUAGCUGCUGUGACUCCGAAUCGCCAGAAACAACUAAGUCACAUUUUCGCUCUGUUUCCCCCCUGCACAUGUGUUAUGGUCAUUUUGUGCUUUAAAUAGUACGAGGCUUACUUGUUGCCCCUUUAACGUAGAAAUAUACGCAAUAAUGUAGAAUGGAAGUGAAGCAUUCCAUUAUUUUGCUAAUACUGGUAACCAGAUCUCUGGUUUGUGAAUAACAGGAUGAUGACGGAAGUGGAUUUUUUUUUUUUUUUCUCUCUUUCUGUCAGCUCUGCACACAAAUUACUGAACUAGUUCAUUCAGCAUGCGAGGUACUGUAUUAGUUAAUUCUACUUCCUGCACAGGAAGGUUAAGUUUGAGGCCAAUUCAAAAACUGUCAAGAGAAUUGUUUUUUUUUUUUUUUUUUUUUUUGUUCAUUUGUCUUCAGUGAAAAUCUAGGGCUGGCUAUAUUGGUACGCUGCUUUGACAUUUGCAGUGCUGUUAAGAAGUAAUUACGCCUUCCAACAGGCUUUGUCUGCAUUGCCUUUUUGGAGUGCAGUUAUUUGAUAGUGAAUAUUUGAUUUUCAUUUCACCACUAAUGGCAAAGUUAAUUUAACAAAUACGGUUGGCUGUCUAUAUUUAUGUAAGAAUUAACACUAAAAUAAUUUCUUUGUAUGGCCAAAAAAAAAAAAAAAGAACAUACUUGGCACCCUUGGGAGAAACAGCUUUCAUAUGAAUAGUUGUUUUAAGUUUCCAAAUGCAUAUUUAUUAUCCAUUUAAGCCAUAUUUCUGUCAGCUUGGGCUUUGAUUUAGAAAUAAUUAACUUUAUCUCUUUAAAAGUGCAUCACACUGGGAUUUUGCUGUGGCCUGAUUCUUCUCUGAAAAAAGAGUGUGACAGGCAUUUUGCUCAAAAAUUUGCUGAAGAAACUCCAACAAUAAGUCAAGGUAUUUCUGCCAGUAUGCUUCAGUUAAUGAAAGAAUAUUUUUUCCCAAUGAAGGCCAUUUUUUUUUUUUACCUUAAAGUUUAAUUAACCAUGCACCAAAUGACUUUGCUGAAUAAGUUUUUUUAGAUGUACAAUUUUGCUUUUUUUUUUUUUCUCUUUUUUUCCAGUGUUAGCUGGUUAAAAGGGUAGUUUCCACAGCACAGUGUGUGAAGGGUUUCAUUUACAAUACUCUAAAUGACUGAAUCUCUGUUGACUUUUUUUAUUAGCAAGUAGAAUUAAUAAUAGGAGGCUUAACUGUUUUCAGUAGGUUUUCAGGACAAUAUUGAUUCAAGCAAUUCAGCAUACACAUGUUUUGCCAUCAUAUUUUUACUAUUUAAGAAGACGACGUUGCUGGAAUUAUAACAUUUUCUGACACUUUGGCAGAAAAACAGAAUGUGGCAUUACGGCACUCUGUCAAUGUACAAGGUAGAAUGUUUUUUUUUUUUAUAAUCAUUUAAUGGGUUCAAAACUUUGAAAAAAACAAAAUUGCGAAUAUUAUUUUUAAUAUAUUGAAUGACUUAUUAUACUGUGAUAAUUCAUUUGUUUAAUAUUUGGCAGCAAUUAUUUCAAUACAAUAAAGAUGGUUUUAUUGCCGUGCA